UUGAUUGUGGUGGUGAGAGCACCCGAGCACAUCAUAGCGGGGUGAGGGAACGCCAGGUGGCACCACUGCAGGGAGCGGCACGCCAGUGUUGACGAGGAGGGGAGAGUGGCCAGCCAUUACACUAUUACCAGUGUUGCCUCUAGCCUCAAAGCAAAGAUGUCAGUUGGGAAGAUUAUAUUAAAAUCAACCACCAGGAUGUCCCUGAACGACCGAUUCACGGUGCUGCGUCAGGAGAAGCCCAUGGUCCAGGGCCAGGGUGCCCCUGGACUGGAGGAGAGGCGGCAGCAGGCUCAGGCAUCUCGGCGGAACCAGCGACUAGCAGCACAGAUGGAGCGUCGGCCAGCUGUUGUAGCAGCAUUGAAGCUGAAGAAGCCAAAUGUUGAGCAACGUCUGAACGGCCAACGACCAAUAUCUGUAAAGCAACGUCUGGCAGUGCAAGGACGUCUUACUGUUCCCAACGAGGGCAGCUCUCUUGGCAUGAGAGGACGAGGAUCUCUGCGGGGCUUACGAGGAGCUACUGGCUUUAGAGGACCCACCUUCCGUGGAGCCACCUUCAGGGGAGUCACUUUCAGAGGAGCCACCUUCAGGGGUACUCGUGGAGCUUUUGCCAUGAGAAGUAGAGGAGGAAGCGGUCUCCGUGGCCUGCGAGGAGCAAGAGGAGGGAAAUUUGUGCGUGGCCGUGGAGUGCGAGGCAACCCUGCAGGCAGAGGAAUGAGGGGCAACCUUCGUGGACGUAGCACUAUUGGAUUACAAGGCAGAGGCGGCUUCAGGGGUAGGGGACGUGGUGGUCGUAUUGGCAGAGGAGGAAGAGGCAGUCGAGGGGGACGUGCAGCAGCUAAUGGUAAGGUUGCAGAUAAUUGCACCCGAGAGGAGCUGGACCAGCAGCUGGAUGAAUACAUGAGCAAGACCAAGACUGCUCUCGACACAGAACUGGACCAGUAUAUGAAAGAGGCUCCUGUCUAAAGAUGUUGCUUUUGCAGUAAUUUAGUACUAAGUCUGUGAUUGGACACAGAAAUUUUGUAGAUUUUUUUGUUUAUUUAUUUACUUUUAUUUUUAUUUAUUUUUUUUUUUAUAAAGCUCUUGCAAGUGUGUAUUGGAUUUAGUCUGCAUAUGAGGUAUAUUCUUCAGAAGUUGAUUUUUGUAAAAUAUUUUGAGCAGGUAAUGCUCAAAAAAUAAUCAGCACCAGUCACAGGGAUCACACAAUGUCAACAGUCUUUGUAUUUGUGUGUAUAUAUAUUAGGUCAACUGCCCCUCUGCAAAGAGAAAUAACCAUGAAGACUGAGAUACAGUGUUUAGACAAGCAAUUUAGGUCCAUCUAUAUAUUUAUUUCUGCAUACAAGGCUGAAAGUCAAAUAAAAAGAAAUGUUUUAUGUGAUUCAUUAUUAAAAUAAUGCCAUGAAUGUCUGCAUAGAGGGAAAUAAUUAUAUAUUUGCACAAAAUGCAUGGUAUGUUGUUAUCUUUGGCAAACUAAGAAAAAUAAAAUAAUUUCUUCUGUUGGAUGAAUACAGUACUGUAAUGUAGUUGUACUUGAAGUAUUAUUAUUUUAUUAUUUGCUCCUGAAUUUUAUACAAGUUAUGACAGGUUGUAAAUAUUAAUGGUUUCCUGUAUGAUGCUGACUUUUGUGGGCAGUGCCAGGCGUGAGGGCAUCCACUCAGCCACUGCUACUAACCAUCAUCUCUGUCCUCAGAACUAUUCCCAGUUCAGGUUCUCAUUGCAGUGUUCAUGGAAUAGAAAAGCACCUGUGACCCAUUUCUCCACAUGCAUUUUGUAAUGGCAGGUCUGUUGUUGGUGCUCAGAAGAGUUUCCUCAUUUGGCAGCAGCACAGAGAUGUUAAGCCUUAGUAUUGUGAGUACUUUCUUACUCAGCCAUCUCUCUCUCUCUCUCUCUCUCUCUCUCUCUCUCUCUCUCUCUCUCUCUCUCUCUCUCUCUCUCUCUCUCUCUCUCUCUCUCUCUCUCUCUCUCUCUCUCUCUCUCUCUCUCUCUCUCUCUCUCUCUCUCUCUCUCUCUCUCUCUCUCUCUCUCUCUCUCUCUCUCUCUCUCUCUCUCUCGUACCAACAGGCAAGGGUCCACAUGCUUUAUACACCCUUGUUAUAUUUUGGAAAUUGUUUUCAUAUCAAGUCUAUGAUUGGUGUUAAUGUGUGUAGAUAUAAGUGAUAUCAAAGGAAUAACUUGUGACAUUUUGUUUUAUUUUAUUUAUUUGUUUUUUAUAGUUUUCAGGGCAUUAAAAUUUUUACAUCUGAGGCUCUGUGAUUGGCUAGAAAUAAAAGUAAAAGAAAAAUAUGUAGGCAAAGUUAUUGCCAUUUUCAGAAAAUAAAUUCUUAUUUCUAAUUGUGAUGAAAUAUCUGGUUUUUGGUUCUGUAUGUAUUCUCAGAUUAUUAUUAUCAUCAUUUAUUAUCUUGUAUCAAGUAUCUAUCUCAGAAAUGGUGUCAUGAUUUAUGUAAUGAUUAUGUGUAAGCAUUAACAAAUAAUAGCUUUAAGUUGAUAAUAUACUUUUCUGUUGUAAAUGUAUAUGGAUAAUUUUAUUCUUAAAACAUGAGUGGAGAUAUCCUCGAUUGUACAAAUAAUGUUUAAUAGAUACAUUAAGAAAUACAUUUAUAAAGAUA